GCUCCUCGUGUCUUCCUCCUCCUUCCCUUAUUUCACCUUCAUAGAAAAUGGCGACAGCUGGCCCUACCGGACUCGGCCUAGAGAUUGUCUCUAUCAUCAACAAGCUGCAGGAUGUCUUCAGCGCAGUCGGCUCGUCAGCAUCCCAGAUAGACCUUCCUCAGAUAUGCGUACUCGGAAGUCAGAGUAGCGGCAAGAGUAGUGUCCUCGAGAAUAUCGUUGGCCGAGAUUUUCUGCCUCGUGGAACGGGUAUUGUGACGCGGCGACCGCUAGUCCUACAACUUAUUCAUAGAGCUGCUGGAUCUGAACCGAAUGGAACUCCCAAAGUCAAUGGCACCGACAAGCACGUCAACGCCGACGAAUGGGGCGAAUUUCUGCAUCUACCCGGCGAAAAGUUCUUUGACUUUCACAAGAUUCGUGACGAGAUUGUGCGGGAUACAGAAGCCAAAACCGGACGCAAUGCAGGCAUAUCCCCUCUUCCUAUCAACCUCCGUAUAUUCUCUCCUAAUGUCUUGACUCUCACUCUGGUCGACUUGCCCGGUAUAACCAAAGUCCCAGUUGGCGACCAACCCAAAGAUAUCGAGAGGCAGAUAAGGGAUAUGUUGAUGAAGUACAUCUCAAAGCCCGCCUGUAUCAUUUUGGCUGUGUCUCCCGCCAACGUAGAUUUGGCUAACUCAGAGGGCCUAAAAAUGGCGAGGGAGGUAGACCCAGAGGGUACUAGGACGAUUGGUGUUCUGACCAAAGUUGAUUUGAUGGAUAAGGGUACCGAUGUCGUGGACAUUCUUGCAGGCCGCAUAAUUCCAUUACGAUUGGGAUACGUGCCUGUAGUGAACCGAGGCCAGCGAGACAUUGACGCGUCGAAAACCAUUCAAUCGGCUCUCGAUGCCGAGCGCGAGUUCUUCGAGCUACAUCCCUCAUACAAGGGAAAGGCGCAGUAUUGUGGUACCCCUUUCCUGGCCAGAAAGCUUAACAUGAUUCUCAUGCACCACAUUCGUGCCACCCUGCCCGACAUCAAAGCCCGGAUUGCCCAACAACAACAGAAGUAUAAUGCGGAGUUACAGUCACUUGGUGGAACAGAAGCCGAAGCCAGCUCAGGUAAUGUCGUCUUGUCCGUUAUCACUGAGUUUACCUCGGAGUUCCGGACGGUUAUUGAUGGUGGCGGCAAUGAUUUGUCGUUGAAUGAGCUAUCCGGAGGUGCUCGUAUCAGCUUCGUAUUCCAUGAGCUGUUCAACAAUGGAAUCAAGAGCAUCGAUCCCUUUGACCAAGUCAAAGAUGGAGACAUUCGGACAAUUUUGUACAAUUCUUCGGGUUCAACGCCGGCGUUGUUCGUGGGUACUGCUGCAUUUGAGGUUAUCGUUAAGCAGCAGAUCAAACGGUUGGAGGAGCCCAGUCUGAAGUGUUGUACACUUGUGUACGACGAACUCAUCCGUAUUCUUGGCCAGUUGCUUGGUAGAAUCCAAGUUUUCAGACGGUAUCCAGCACUCCGAGAACGCUUUAAUUCGGUGGUUGUGAACUUUUUCAAGUCUUCAAUGAACCCGACCUCGAAACUCGUGUCUGACCUCGUUGCUAUGCAAGCUUGCUACGUCAACACGACACAUCCCGACUUCAUCAACGGACACAAAGCGAUGUCAAUCGUCAAUGACCGUCUCAAUGCCAACAAACCCCCUCCACAACAAACCGAUCCAAAGACUGGCAAACUUGCUACCGGUGUCAUCAACAACAACCGCGAUUUGGAUGUGGACCCCAAACGGGAAGAACCCAGUUUCUUUGGCUCCUUCUUCGCCGCUCGAACUGGCUCAACGAAAAAGAAAGGCACAUCUACUCCUGUUAUGGAGGCCCCCCCAGCGGUUAUCAAGCCUCAGGCGGCCCUAAAUGAGCGUGAGACAAUGGAGACAGAGGUUAUCAAACUUUUGAUUAACUCCUAUUUCAACAUUGUCAAGCGGGAGAUGAUAGACAUGGUGCCAAAGGCUAUUACCCUGACGCUAGUCAACCAUUCGAAAGAGAACUUGCAGAAGGAACUGCUCCAGGAGCUGUACAAGCCUGAAGUACUCGACGAUCUCCUAAAGGAGAGUGAAUACGUUGUUAACAGGAGGAGGGAGGUUAUCGGUAUGGUACAGGCCUUGAACAAGGCGGAGGAAAUUGUCGCCGGAGUUUGAUAGAACUAGUGUUCACGUCGGCUUUGAUUAAGGCUACACUCCUUAAUGAUUUUUUUUAGUUUUUAGUUUCGAACGGUUUGAGUAUUUCAGUAUAAUACCCUCUAUACAUGCAUGUUAUUGGAUGGAGUUGCUCCCUGCUGCCUUUGGCAUCCUAGCUGCAGAGGUUGUAUUAGGGUUGAGGGUUAAGUGACCGCAAGACUUGGCGGUUAGGCGUCUCUUUCAACUUCGGGGCGUU